UGUGCUAAAAUCUCUCCUGCAAACCGUGAUUCAAGGAAGGCUGCAUCACCGCCGUUAUUAUUACCAUCCUUAGCAUUUCUCUGUGCCCAUACAUUUAAAAUAUCUGGUGAAAGGAAGGGUGAAACCAUAUGUUGAAGGAGCUGCAUCUCAUUAGUACAGUAUUGUAUUCAUCUGAUUGGAGAAGAAUGGUGUCUUCAUUUGGAAACGUAUAUAGUAGGAUAGAUAAUUUACCGGCUGUUUUGUAAACAUCAACAAACGAUGAAACCUUCCACGGCAGAGACGCUUCAUAAAGGAAGGAUGUUGUGGAUAAUUCUUCUAAGCACAAUUGCUCUAGCAUGGACUACACCAAUUCCCUUGAUAGAGGACUCGGAGGAACUCGAUGAGCCCUGCUUUGAUCCAUGUUACUGUGAAGUGAAGGAGAGCCUUUUCCAUAUACAUUGCGACAACAAAGGAUUUAUAAAUGUUAGUCAGAUAACAGAGUCGUGGUCGAGACCUUUUAAACUUUAUCUGCAGAGGAAUUCCAUGAGGAAAUUGUACACCAACAGUUUUCUUCACUUGAACAACGCUGUGUCUAUUAACCUUGGGAACAAUGCACUGCAGGACAUUCAGACGGGGGCUUUUAACGGGCUCCGAGUUCUGAAGAGGUUGUAUUUGCACGAAAACAAAUUGGACAUUUUCAGAAACGACACUUUCCUGGGUUUGGAAAGUCUGGAAUAUCUGCAGGCAGAUUACAAUGUCAUUAAACGGAUUGAAAGCGGGGCAUUUCGAAACCUGAGUAAAUUGAGGGUCCUUAUCCUUAAUGACAAUCUUAUCCCCAUGCUUCCCACCAAUUUAUUUAAGUCCGUGUCCUUAACCCACUUGGACCUGCGCGGGAACCGGCUAAAAGUCCUUUCGUACCGCGGGAUGUUGGACCAUAUUGGCAGGAGCCUGAUGGAGAUCCAGCUGGAGGAGAACCCGUGGAACUGUACGUGUGAGAUCGUGCAGCUGAAGAGCUGGCUGGAGCGCAUCCCCUACACCGCCCUGGUGGGGGACAUCACCUGCGAGACCCCCUUCCACUUCCACGGGAAGGACCUGCGGGAAAUCAAAAGAAGUAAGCUCUGUCCCAUGCUGUCCGACUCCGAGGUGGAAGCCAGCCUGGGCAUCCCCCAGCUGUCGUCCAGCAAGGAGAAUGCGUGGCCUACGAAGCCUUCCUCCAUGCUGUCCUCCUUCCAUUUCACCGCUUCCUCUGUUGAGUACAAAACAUCCAACAAGCAGCCCAAACCCACCAAGCAGCCCAGGGCGCCCCGGCCUCCCCCGACACCCCGCGGCCUGUACCCUGGGCCGAACCAACCCCCUGUGGCUGCCUACCAGACCCGGCCCCCCAUCCCCAUCAUCUGCCCUACCGGGUGCUCUUGCAGUUUGCACAUCAACGACCUGGGCCUGACGGUCAACUGCAAGGAGCGAGGGUUUCACAACAUCUCCGAGCUCCUGCCCAGGCCCUUCAACGCCAAGAAGCGGUACCUGAGCUGGAAUUUGAUCCAGAAAAUCUACCGCUCCGAUUUCUGGAAUUUUUCCUCCUUGGAUCUCUUACACCUAGGGAACAACCGGAUCUCCUACGUGCAGGACGGGGCUUUUAUCAACCUGCCCAAUCUCAAGAGCCUGUACCUGAACGGCAACGACAUCGAGCGGCUCACCCCGGGCAUGUUCCGGGGCCUGCAGAGUUUGCAUUACCUGUACUUCGAGUACAACCUGAUCAGGGAAAUCCAGCCGGCGGCCUUCAGCCUCAUGCCCAACCUGAAGCUUCUCUUCCUCAACGACAACUUGCUCCGCACCCUGCCCACCGACGCCUUCGCCGGCACCUCCCUG